AUGCCAAGAUGCAUAUCUAAAACAAAAUAGCAAAAUUUAUUGGCUUUUUAUAUUCAUUAAUUCAAGGUCUCUUAAGAGCCUAUUAUUAUAAAUAUAACAAAGUAAUCCACUCCUUAAUUCAUAAUUUAGACAGUAAAAUUUGAAACUUUAGUUAUAAAUUAGGAUGGGUAUUAUAUCCUUAACAUUCUCUAAAUUCAAUAAGGAUUACAAUUUUCAAAUUCAAUCAAAUAAUAAUAAAACAAUAGCUUGUUAUUUGCAAAUAACCAGUUUGUAAUAAAUAAAUAUAAAGAUUUGAUUUGGGGUUAGGAGGCUUUUAUUAUAGAACAUAAUAUUAGUGAUAGUACAAUUUUUGUAAUUAAUAAAAAGGCUAUAUCUAUAAUUAAAAACAACAAAACAAUAAGUUAUCGCUUUAAAUUCAGUGAUAAUAAUGAAGAUUUAUAAGUCAGAUUUUUUAUCGAAUAAAAAAACUUCAUAAUAAUAUCUAAAAACUCCAUAGCAGCAUUUCACUAUGAUACGAUCAUAGAAUUGAAGUGGUAAUUAAGAUUAAAAAAAGAGAUCAAUAAAAUCAUUUAAAACGGUCAAGCUGUUAAUAUUUAAUUAUAGGAUUGCAAUGAAGUCUUUAUUCAAUUGACUAAUUUAAAAUAUUAAGAAAUAUAAAGUUCAAUAUAAUUUGGUUGUAGGUUUAAACUAUUUGAAUAAUAGGAAAUUAUAAUAUCAAAAUAAAAAAUUGAUAUUUUACCUUUUUCUAAUAAAUUUAGUUUCACUUUUGAUUAGAUCAUUGACUUUAUCUAUUUGUUAAGCUAAAAUAGAAUAAUCAUUUUCGAAGUAAUUGAAUAAAAGAUUGUUCCAUAACUGUAUAGCUUAUAAUUUUAGGAAUUAUACUUUUAUUUUAACCUCCCAUUGUAUAAUUUCACAAUUACCUAUCCUCUAAGAUAUGAAAUUUUUUGGGAUUAGUUAGCGAUUGCAGCCAAAAACACUUCUAAUUAAUAGGAAGUGCUCCUUGUCUAUAAUCUUAAUUACUAACUCUCCAAUAUUUUGAUAAAAGUAAUUAACAUAGAUUAAAAUUAACAUUACUUUGCUUUUUUAAAUGCUCAUUAAAUUGUUUCAAUAUAUAACUCCUCGCUGAUGAUUACUUAUUUAAAAUAAGUGGUUCUACAAUUUACUGAUCAAUAUUUAGAUUUUGAUACUGUGUUCAAGCGUGAAUAAGUAUUAUUAGAGGCUAAAACUGACAUAUACAAUUUUACUAAAAUAAUUUAAUUAGAUAUUUUAAUAUCUCAUUUCAAUUACUCCAUAAAAAUAAAAGAUACUAGGAUUCCAUUUCUAUAACAUUAUGAUAAACAGAAAUAAAUAAGCAAAAUAAAUUUUGAAAAUGUUUUUGGUUAAAUUGAUUAUGUAUAUUUGCUUAGAGAAAAUGACAUUAAAAAACUAGAUCCAAUUGUUAUAACUCCAUUUCUUUAGUGUAGAUUCUAUUCUAAUCAAGUUUGUUAUAAUGAUAAAGAAAUGGUAUUAUUCAAUUCUGUGAAUCAAAUCAUGAUAAAGCUUCCUAAGUACUGCAAAGAUUUAAUUUUCAUAAAAGACCUAUCCAACAAGUAAGAAAUCUUUUGUCUGGCAUAAGGAAGGUUUUUGGAAAAAUAUGAAAUAAAUUAGAUGUAACUGAGUAAGAAAUCAGAAUAUUAAUAACAUAUUUAGAUUAAUUUUAAUGAAGAUAGUAUCGAAAGCAUAAUUUUCAUCAAUAAUAUUGCCAUAAUUAAGAUCAUGAAUAAAAAAAAAUACUAAAUUCUACUAUUUAAAGAAAAUGAUUUCAAAACAUUUUAAUAUUAAGUUCAUAUUGACUUUGAAAUUGUAUAAGCUAUAUAUGAAAAUAAUCAUUAUGUAAUAUUUUGCUAUGAUAUUAAUGAAUUUCAUCUAAUUCGUUUUGUAUUGCUGACUGAAAAUUACAGUAAUAACAAGACUUUAUAAAUUGAGAUAUCCUAAAUUAUUACAGAUCAUUAUGCUUUAAGUUUUUCCCUUUUAAAUUCAUUAUUAAUUCUAAAUCACACUUUACAUGAUAUGAUAUUUGAAUCAAAUAUAAUUUUAUGUUUCAUUACAUAAAAUUGCUUUAGAAUCAAUUUAAUAAUAGAUUUUUAACAAGGUUUAAUUCAAAGCGAUAUGAUCAAUUUUAUUCGGUAUUAAUAAAGUAAUGGGUAAUUAUAGUAUUGCUUAGCAAAUAAAUACAAUUUAAUCAUAUCUUUGCUUAUCGAUGAAGAAAGUGUUAUAUAUUUUUAUAACUUAUCUUCUAUAAAGAUUCUAGAUAGUCUCUAUCGAUAUGAAGGAAUAAAUACAACAAUCGAAUAUUUUAAUGAAACUCAUUUUGUUUAAAUAAAAAGUGAAAAUUCUAAUUAAUUGCUUAGUUUUGUUGAAUUUUAAGGAUACCAAUUUGAACCUAAAAGUCCAUUUAAAAAACAAAUUGAAAUUAUUAAAUUAAAUAAUUCAGUAUCUACUUUAACAUUGGAGUUUUAUCCUAGUUUAGAUAGAAAUGAAAUGAUAAAUUUUUCAAACAAGCGAAUUUCUCUUAUUAAUUUAGUCAAUUUUAUACUCUUAAUUCUAUUCUUGAAAACCUUUAAAAAUAAAAGAAUCCAUCAUUAAUUUAAAAGAUGA